AUGGGCGCCGGGCCGGCUGAGCCCUCCCCGGGUCAAGCACUCUCCGCCCCAGGACUCUGCUCCGGACCAGAGCGCGAGAGGGGGAGGCUUUGGUCUCCUCCCAGCAGCGCCUUCCCGAGCUCUGACCACCAGAAGCAUGUCGCCGAGGGAUUCACCUGGGAGGGGUCCGGGCCACGAUCCGGACCACAAUCCGAGCCACGUCCCGCCGCAGACAGGCCCGGCGCUGGAACGUGGGGUGAGGGAGGGCUGGAGAGACACGGGCGAGAGAAGGGGGAGCCCCGGGACAGUCGUGGGAGCCCCGUGGAGCGCCCGCGCCGCACAGGCUGCAGGACGGCAGGAGGCGCCCGCGGGCUCCACGCAGCCCAACUCCUCCGGGCCCCGCGCGCCGGCGAGAACAGCCGCCUACGGCCCCGGCCGCGAGCCCGGGCGGCCAAGAGCAGAGUAAGCCGCAGCCGGACGCCGCUCGGUGCGCGAGGCUCGGCAGGACGCAGCAGGCUGCAGCGGCGGAGCCCCCCGGGGCUCGGCUCCGCGCCAGCGCCCCACCUGCCGUCCCUCACGAGGCCGGCGCCGCCGAAGGCCGUCGGACCAGCGUCCACGAGCCGGAGCUGCGGAGGCCCCGCAAGGAAAAGCCGCGAAAGCAGCGUAAAGACGAGGCGCGCGCGGACGGCGACCCCCGCUCCACUGGCUGCACCGGCCGCGCCUCCGCCCUCUGCUCGCUCUGCGGCCUCGGCGGGGACACAGCCCGACACGCCUCACGCCCCGGCGCGCUCCGGCAUGCGUGGCCGCAGAUCCAGCCGACUGUCCUCUCAGCGCCCGUGCUCCAGGCUGAGGCCGCUCCCUCGGCAGCGGGUCCCUCAUCAACCCCGGCGCGCGUGCGGGGACACCCAGCGCAGCGGCGUCUUCAGGUCGGAAACACCAGGCCCACGCGGGACACGCAGCGUGGCGGGUGCGGUCGCGCGGGCCAACGGGCAGGCGCACGGAGCCCGGCUCUCGCCCAGCGUGGACCCGGUGCGGGUCUCGUGCGGAGAAGCGCGGCGGGAGACGCGGCCGGCGCGGGCGGCCCGGACCGUGCGUCCCCGGGACCGCCAGAGCCGAGCGCAGCUCCCGGGAGCACUUUCCUCUCCAGACGCGGCCUCGCCUCGGCGCCGACCCGACCGGAACGCGGCUUCCUCUUCCUCGCACGCGCCCCGGACGCCGACCGGGUCAUCCCGCCCCGGAACUUCACCACGACGACGCGGACGAGCGAAACUUGGCGAGCGGGUCCGGAGCGGCGGCGGCAGCGAGAGAACCUCCCCGCGGAGGAUCCCAGGACUGGGCUCAGAUCGGCGGGCGCUGACCCCUGGGGCCCCGCGCGCCCUGAAGUGGCUUCGCAGAAACGGUGCGCGGAAUCCCGUUAGAGCGAACUCCGGAACAACUUCCCGUUUUCUCGGCGGAGACGUGCGGCCAGAGCCGCCUGGCGGGGCGGGGCGGUGCCGCUCACGGCAAAGGGCGAAACGAGACCCACGGACGACCGAGUCCGGCCCGGAGGGACAACGGCGACGAGAAAGCCCAACCUCGAUUCGCGUCUCACCCACGAAGUCCGGGACUGCUCAGAGCCGUGGCGGCUGCGCUUCCCCGCACCCCGACCCGCCGCGGCGGCUCUUCCUGGAAACGCGCGGGCGGUCGCGCGCGCCUCGGCUCUCUGGCGCCUCGCGGGGACGGACGAAGCGCCUGGGGCAGAAGGCGGAGCGCACGCCGGCCCCGUCCCGGCCACACAACAUUCGGGCGCUCGGGGCAUUUCGUCAACAGAGCGCCGCCGUCCGGAAAACCCGUCUCGGGCGCGACCCGCCUGGCCCGGGCGCGCCAGCUGUCAGCCGGGGGGCCCGAGGGAGGGGGGGCGCGGGCCGGAGGUCCCAGGGGUUGCGGGCCGGCCUCAGCGAGGCGGGCUCUGCGGCGGAGGCGGGCGGCCCCGGCGGAGUCCAGGCCCCACGGAAGACCGCGCCCGCGCCCCCGAAGAACCCCCCGGCCCAGCGCGCACCGCGUCCCGGCGACCCCGGCCACCGCACCCCACCCCACCCUCCCGGCCCCGCGGCCCAACCCCGCCUGGCCCCGCCCCUCGCCCUCCUCCCGCUCCAGCCCCAACUUGCAAAGGCGCGCCAGGACUGGGGCCUGGGGCUCGAGAUCUGUCGGAGGCACAGCCCGCCUGCGGACGAUGGCCAGCACGGCACCCCCAAAAUCUUCAACCCAGCAGUGAAGACUUCUGGCAAGUUUUCAAAGUUUUCAAGAAUAUAG